AUGAGCGAUUCUAAGCCUAAAGAAACCGGCCAGGGGUCUAUGUCACCUCUCUUACUCAACAAUAAAACCAAGAAAGCCAUGGAGUCGAUCGCGCCGAUCUUAGAGGGUUUUAGCCCUAAAACCUCAGCUAGCGAAAAUACAUCGUUGAAAUUGCCUCCUCCUGGAAGUCCCCAUGAGUCUCACAUCGAUGAAGAUAUAGGAUGCGACUUGAACUUGGACCGUACCGUGAGCAUUAGCUCCCAACUCUCCUCAAGCUCCUCAAGGCCAGGGCUGUCACCUACAAAUUCCUACGAUAACAUUCACCCAGGGGGGAAACUCCAGAGACUUAAAAGCAACUCGAACUUGGGCCAAUCGUCUACAGUGGCAUCUGGGAACUCUGCUUUGGACUUCCAGCAUGCUGCGGUCGAAUCGGCAAGUAACAAUGACUCGGGCAACGAAACCCCGACUGAAACCCCGAGCAGCUCCGCAAACAGCUCCGCAGGAUCUUCUCGCAAGCCCUCCUCGAACUCAGGAAGGCCCCAGCUGCCCAAGAUCGGCAAAAUCGGUGUAUGCGCUAUGGACGCCAAAGUUCUCUCCAAGCCUUGUAGGCAUAUUUUAAAUCGGCUUAUCCAGAAUGGUGAAUUCGAGACCAUUAUUUUUGGCGACAAAGUCAUUUUGGAUGAAAACAACGAAAACUGGCCGACUUGUGACUUUUUGAUCAGUUUCUUCUCGUCGGGCUUCCCGCUUAGUAAAGCCAUUGACUACGUUAACCUGCGCAAACCGUUUUACAUAAACGAUCUUGAGAUGCAGAAGGUCCUUUGGGACAGAAGACUAUGCUUAAAGCUACUGGACGUCGCCAAGGUUCCAACGCCACCACGGCUAGAAAUCAGCAGAGACGGGGGGCCUCGUGUCGAUCCGGCCUUGAGAGCAAAACUUUUGGAGCGGGGUGUUGAGAUCAAACCCGUCAAAGAGCCAGCGUGGAAGAUGGUCGAUGACGAUACCUUGGAGGUCAAAGGGAGGAGAAUGACAAAACCUUUCGUCGAAAAGCCUGUUGAUGGAGAAGAUCAUAAUAUUUACAUCUACUACCACUCCAAAAACGGUGGUGGCGGCAGGCGUCUUUUCCGCAAAGUUGGCAACAAGUCUUCUGAAUUCGAUCCUAGCCUCAAGUCUCCUCGCACCGACGGAUCUUACAUUUACGAGGAAUUUAUGGAUACUGAUAAUUUUGAAGAUGUCAAAGCAUACACAGUGGGCGAGGGAUUCUGUCAUGCUGAGACGCGAAAAUCUCCAGUAGUCGAUGGUAUAGUGCGCAGGAAUACACAUGGAAAGGAAAUAAGGUACGUGACAGAGUUAACCCCAGAAGAAAAGGAAAUUGCACGUAGAGUGACGAAGAUAUUUUCGCAGAUGAUUUGUGGAUUUGAUCUUUUGCGCGUGAAUGGAAAUUCUUAUGUCAUUGAUGUAAAUGGUUUCUCGUUUGUGAAAGACAAUUCUGCUUAUUAUGACGCCUGUGCAAAAAUCCUAAGGGAAACUUUCAUUCAGGCCAAGAAGAAAAUGGAUCUAGAGAAACGUAAUUUACCAAUAAUCAAAGAAGAAAAAACCCAAAAAUGGGUCUUUAAGGGUUUGGUAACCGUCAUCCGCCACGCGGACAGAACUCCAAAACAAAAGUUUAAGCAUUCUUUUAGGUCACCAAUCUUUAUUUCCUUGCUGAAGGGACAUAAAGAAGAAGUCGUUAUACGCAAUGUGAAUGAUUUGAAGGUUGUUCUGCAAGCCCUUACAAUUGCCCAAGAAGAGAACACCGAGGAUCCCCAAAAGUUGAAGGUGUUAGCCAAUGCGCUUGAAAAGAAAAUGGACCUUCCUGGAACGAAGAUCCAAUUGAAGCCAGUAUUAAAUUCUGAGAAAGAAGUUGAAAAAGUCCAAUUUAUUUUGAAAUGGGGAGGUGAGCCAACGCACUCUGCCCGUUACCAGGCUACCGAAUUGGGAGAGCAAAUGAGGCAGGACUUCGAUCUUCUCAAUAAAAAUAUUUUGCCUAACAUCAAGAUCUUCUCGUCCUCAGAAAGACGGGUUUUAGCAUCCGCGCAGUUGUGGGCAAUGGCACUUUUUGGGGCAGACGAAUUAGGGAGUGAUGAAAUCAGUAUAAGGAAAGACCUUCUUGACGACAGCAACGCUGCCAAAGAUUUAAUGGACAAUGUUAAAAAACAGCUCAAGCCUCUCCUCAGAGAAGGCAAAGAGGCGCCUCGUCAGUUUGCUUGGCCCGCCAAAAUGCCUGAACCAUAUCUCGUUAUUAAACGUGUAGUGGAGCUGAUGAACUAUCACAAACACGUCAUGGAUUACAAUUUCGAAACGAAAGAUGUUGCAGAUAUGCAGCGCAGAUGGUGCUGUGCCGAAGAUCCUAUGCUCUUCAAAGAACGUUGGGAUAAGCUAUUCAAAGAGUUUGUGAGCGUCGAGAAGGUUGAUCCUGCUAAGAUAUCGGAGCUUUAUGACACUAUGAAAUAUGAUGCACUCCACAAUAGACAAUUCUUGGAGCACAUAUUUGCUUCAAGUGGGAGAGCUGCAAGGGCAAACGUCGAUUUGUGCAAAGACUCUCUUGUAGAUCGUUAUCCUAUCAACAUUUUGGCCAUGAAUAACUUCAAGAUCCCGGAUUCGAGUUCGCAGCAUGGAGGGACCUCCAGCAAGGGUAGCAGCGUAGGUUCUCUAGGAUGGGUUCUCGAAAGCAGUGCAAAUACUUCUCGUCCAUCCUCUCAAUUCGAUGAUCCAAAAUUUAUGCAACUUCGUGAGUUAUACAAACUCUCGAAAGUCCUCUUUGAUUUCAUCUGCCCACAAGAGUACGGUAUCGAAGAUAAUGAGAAAUUAGAUAUUGGGCUGCUGACCUCACUGCCACUGGCAAAGCAGAUUUUGAAUGAUAUUGAUGACAUGAAGAAAAAAGACGCACCUGCCUGCGUCGCGUAUUUUACAAAGGAAUCGCACAUCUACACUUUGCUCAAUAUAAUUUACGAAAGCGGACUACCUAUGCGGAUUGCUCGCAACGCGUUGCCCGAGCUGGAUUACUUAUCUCAAAUCAAUUUCGAAUUAUAUGAGAGCACUGAUAACUCUGGGCAGAAAGCUCAUUCUUUGAGACUGAAAAUGUCCCCUGGGUGCCACACCCAAGAUCCUUUGGAAGUACAGCUUGACGAAAAGCACUAUAUCAGUUGCAUUCCAAAAAUUUCUCUGACAAAACACUUAGAUUUGGACUAUGUUUCUCAAAAACUGAGAAACAAAUUCAGCAGAGUUAUUCUGCCCAAAAAGUUUACGCCUGUGAACAUAACGAGUCCGAAUCUCACUUUCCGGAAAGGGCCCUUGUUUGAAUCCUCUUCACACCCCGCCCAGAAAUAG